AUGUUGAAGGAGCAAUUUCCUGAGAUCCCCAAGUUUCGUAAUGUGCAUCAACUUGAUUUUGCAACUUCGGGUUUAUUCGUCCUGGCCUUAAACAAAAAAGCAGCGGCUGCCGCCAGUAAACUAUUUCGCGAUCGCACUGUUAAAAAGACCUACCUUGCGUUAGUCAAUGGCCAUUUAGCACAAGACGAAUACUUUGUGGAUCAGCCCAUCGAUGACGAUCCCGAUCAUGAGUUUCGUAUGACGAUUUUGAGUUCAGGAAAGCCAGCACAGACAAAGAUUCAGGUGCUGAAGCGAGGAUUCUAUCAUUAUAAGGAGGAGAAAACAGGCUUAGAAAAGACGAUUCCUGUGACCCAACUCAGCCUAUCACCCAUUUCGGGUAGACGACAUCAGUUACGAGUGCAUUUAAAACAUAUUGGACACCCUAUUGUUGGUGAUUUUAAUUAUGAAACUGAGUACACGGAUACAUUUCGAAUGAUGCUUCACGCCCAUCGAAUCUCACUGCCUUUACCCGGCCAAGAUGAAUUAAAAGUCAUUUCGGAGGAUCCGUUCUUGAAGCUCAUCGAAGUAAAAUAG